AACUGAGCCAAUUCCAGAAUAUACUCUUUUAUUCCAAAAGGGAAAAAGCUAAAAUGCUUUAGAAUUUUCUUUUCUUUUCUUUUAAAAAAUGUGUGGGUGUAGUUUUAUUUAUAGAUAUUGUGAUCUUUAGUCUUCUCUGUUUAGCUAGCUAAGACAGAAUUUUGUUCUACAAUUAUUGUUAGGUCGGAUGGUAAGUCUUGGCUAACCUGAAUUUAAGGCCUUACUGGGAUACAUUAGCUGCUGUAGUGAGAUUCAAGAUGAAAAAAAAGAGGUGUAAAUAGCCUGCCACUAAAAUAAUGCAGUCUUACUCAUCCUGGCCAUAUCAAGAAUUGAGGAGCUUUCUUAUUAGAUUAUGGAUGUCAGUACUUCUUGGUAUAUAAGUAGGUCAAUAUUGGAGGAUAUUCAUUUUGAUUCCCCUACGUGGAUUCAAAAGGUUACCUGCACAAUAGUUUUCAAGUUGUGACGAGAAUUGGGAACUAGUUGUGCAUAUGUCUUUUGGGUAGAUAGAAUCAGACCACUGCUCUUCUCAGUGUGUGCCUUUUCUCUAGCUUGGAAAACUAUGGUGUAGAUCUAAUAUUGGCUUCACAUCAGUGCAUGAUUUGCUCAUAUUACAUGCUUUUGGAAAACUAAAAAGAAUCAAAGAAAUCUAUAUCCAGAAUUCCGAAAAUGAAAAAUAUUGGGAAGAUCGGAUUCCAUUAUUUACAGAAACUAAAUGCAUCAAGUGUACCAACAGAAUUGUUAAAGAAGGGCCAGGAUCGUGUUGUAGAGGCAUCUCUGACCCUUAUUCGUGAGAGGGCCAAGCUCAAGGGAGAACUUGUCCGAGCUCUAGGAGGUGCUGUAGCAUCCGCUUCUCUUCUUGGAGUUCCUCUGGGACAUAACUCUUCAUUCCUCCAAGGGCCUGCAUUUGCUCCACCUCGUAUAAGAGAGGCUAUCUGGUGCGGCAGCACGAACUCCACAACUGAAGAAGGAAAGGAACUAAAUGAUCCCCGGGUCCUGACUGAUAUUGGUGACGUGCCUGUUCAAGAAAUUCGUGAUUGCGGUGUUGACGAUGAUAGAUUGAUGGAAAUUAUAAGUGAAUCUGUCAAGCUAGUUAUGGAACAAGAACCACUGCGCCCUUUGGUGUUAGGUGGGGAUCAUUCGAUAUCGUAUCCAGUAGUAAGAGCAGUUUCAGAGAAGCUUGGGGGCCCCGUGGAUAUUCUUCACCUUGAUGCCCAUCCUGAUAUUUAUCAUUCCUUUGAAGGAAAUAAAUAUUCUCAUGCAUCAUCAUUUGCGCGAAUCAUGGAAGGUGGCUAUGCACGGCGGCUGUUGCAAGUUGGAAUUAGAUCAAUUACCAAGGAAGGCCGUGAACAAGGGAAAAGGUUUGGGGUUGAGCAGUAUGAGAUGCGAACUUUUUCUAGGGAUCGAGCAAUCUUGGAGAACCUGAAACUUGGUGAAGGCGUAAAAGGUGUAUACAUCUCAGUAGAUGUGGACUCCCUAGAUCCUGCUUUUGCCCCUGGGGUGUCUCACAUUGAGCCGGGUGGUCUCUCUUUCCGAGAUGUUCUCAACAUACUUCACAACCUGCAGGGCAACAUUGUUGCUGCAGACGUCGUUGAAUUCAAUCCUCAGCGUGACACGGUCGAUGGAAUGACAGCAAUGGUUGCGGCUAAGCUUGUGAGAGAAUUGACUGCAAAGAUAUCAAAGUGAUCAACAGUUGUCAAUGUCAACAUAUUAUUCCAACCAAAAAAAACCAUAGAUAGUGGCCCCCGGAAAACUUUCAUGGGGAAGUAGUUUUGAUUCCGUGGAAUUUUGUAGCAGAAACAGCUAGCUAAUCAAUUUUCUGUUUAACCUGACUGCUAAUCAUUAAGACGAAGAGCAGAUGAGACAUUAUUAGGCACAAUAAUGUGUCUUAGAGGCGAAUGUCUUAUCUUAUCACUUUGUCAGUUAUCAUUCCUCUGAAAUCUCAUGUUAUCUACUCAUCUUGCAUAGAUCGUACUGCUAUCAUUUGAAGUAUCCCAUUUCUCCC